AUGUCCGGAACACGCUCCUCACCCAACAAAACCAAUCUAUCUAUCACUUCAGAACAACCAUGGAAGGUCGAUACCCCCUUUGGCCCGCCGGAGGUACCCCGAUCAUUUCCUAACGGCGGCAUUCGGCGGUUGCGCGACACGCUCUCCAAGCUGUCGCCGACUGCGCUGGCUGAGAAGGAGGAAUUGCGCAAGAAGAAUCAGUACAAGAUCCCCCUGACGCACCGGAACGUCGACAACUUCGUGAACGAGCAGGAAGUGAACGAGGCCUGCACACCCAAUCAGCACACCCCAGAGAUUCAGGUGGCCGAAUGGCUCGAACACGUUUCUUGA